GCCCCUCCCCCCGCCCCUCCCCCCGCCGGGGGUGUCGCGCGCCGCCGGUGGCACCAUGUCCUAUGUCCCCUUCCGAGAUGUGCGAGGAGCCCCCCUGGGCCGCGGGCCCUACGCCCCCUCCCCGUACGAGCGGCCCCCCUGGAACCCCCGGUUCUGCAUCAUCUCCGGCAACCAGCUGCUGAUGCUCGAUGAGGAGGAGAUCCACCCGCUGCUGAUCCGGGAGCGGCGCGGCGAGCCGUGCCGGAGCAAGCUGCUGCGCAGGACCGUCAGCGUGCCCGUGGAGGGCCGCCCGCACCCCGAGCACGAUUACCACGGCGGCCGCUCCCGCAGGAAGAGCGUUCCCGGGGGGAAGCAGUUCAGCAUCAACAUGGACGCGCCGCCCGCGCCGCCCUUCCGGCCCUCGCAAGGCUUCCUGAGCCGGCGCCUCAAGAGCUCCAUCAAGCGCACCAAGAGCCAGCCCAAGCUGGACCGGACCAGCAGCUUCCGGCAGAUCCUGCCCCGCUUCCGCAGCGCCGACCACGACAGGGCGCGGCUGAUGCAGAGCUUUAAGGAGUCGCACUCGCACGAGUCGCUGCUGAGCCCCUCGAGCGCGGCCGAGGCGCUGGAGCUGAACCUGGACGAGGAUUCCAUCAUCAAGGCCGUGCACAGCAGCAUCCUGGGCCAGGAGUUCUGCUUCGAGGUGACGACGGCGUCGGGCACCAAAUGUUUCGCCUGCCGGUCGGCGGCCGAGAGGGACAAAUGGAUCGAGAACCUGCAGCGCGCCGUGAAGCCCAACAAG